AUGCCAUACGAUCCACCUUCUUCCUUCAACCCGACAUAUCCCCUCGACGAUCCCCUCGAUGUGUGGGGACUUUCAUCGACCUUCGAGCGGUCCUUGUGCCUGGACCCAUACGUAAACACACAGGCUGUCGCUAGUGUCUCCGCUUUAAGGUCGGCAGAGCUAUUGGACUCAUACUUCUAUGCGGAGAGCCCACUAGGUACUCGCAAGGAGAACGACUCCGUGUGGUAUCCAAACCUUAAGUCCACUGCACCCUAUAAUGACUAUAAUGGGAUGCUCCUGAUGCCAGGAUACGAAGCCGGAAGCAUAACUACGAUCGAAUGCACACCAUACUCCCCUGAGAUCGACCCUAUUCCACUCGCUCAUCCGAGCACUUACGAAAUUGCUUCAGCAUUGAACGACCCCACUUACUCCAGGGACAUUCCUGCGUCGAUCUCGGCUCCAUCAUCGUCUCCGGUGUUUGCUCCAUUGCCAUGCACCCCUUCCUCCUCACCAGACUCGAUCACGUUCUCACCAGGCAGCACUGAUAACGCCAGUGAAUCUGAAUCGUCACGUUCCCUGUCGCUGCCUAUACGCUCUGCCGUGCAGUCUCGCAAGCACCGGAGCCACCCCUACCGUCGCAGCGCUUCCACAUCGUCGCGCUCGGUGUCAGUGCGCGACUCUUCGUCACCAUCCCCUCGUACGGGUAGCUCCAAUACCCGUCGCUCUCCACGCCAUACCCGCAGACGCAAUGUGCAGGUCGACGGCAAGGUCCCUGAUCCCGAGGACAUGGAUGAACCUGGCAUGGUGAAAUGCAAGUCGUGCGCUCUGGUCUUGUUGAAGACCUCGAUGAAGCGGCAUAUAGAGACGCAUGGGCUUCCAGGAAAAUGGUCAUGCUGUGGGGUGCCGGUCGAGCUAGCGUCAGAGUACGGCAUCCCGGCGAGCGCAAAGCCGUAUGAGCACAAGGGUCGAUGGAUGGUAGGCGGGUGCGAGACGAGCUGCAGUCGGAAAGACGCACUGGUGCGUCACCUGAAGAGCGAGUCGAAGGAGUGUGUGGGCGAUGUGGAUGUGGCGGAUGCGCUAGGAUGGCUCGAGGAUGCGAGCCAGUAG